AAAGUGAAGGUGUUCCGAAAGAGACAAAGCAAGGAGAGGCUCCCCUUGCAGAUACCCAAGUGCCUCCCAGCCCCCCUGAGCUGAGGAUGGUGCUGCUUGGGAAGACUGGGGCUGGGAAGAGUGCAGCAGGAAACACCAUCCUGGGCAGAGAGGAGUUCAGAUCUGAAGCCAGCUCCUCUGCAUUAACAAGGGAGUGUGAGAAGAGAAAAGGACAAGUGGCUGGGAGACGUGUUGCUGUGAUCGACACUCCAGAGCUCUCUCAGGACAAACUCCAGAUUAGGAGCUGUGUUUCUCUGUCUGCCCCGGGACCCCACGUUUUCCUCCUGGUGAUACCGGUGGGCCAAUUCACAGAGGAAGAGAGGAGAGCAGUGGAGACAGUCCAGGAGAUAUUCAGUGAGGAGGCUGUGAGGAGGUACAUGAUGCUCCUUUUCACACACAGUGACAAACUUAAAGGCAAGACCAUUGAGGAUUAUAUUCAGACAGGGAGCAAGGAGCUCCAGCAGCUUGUUGAGAAAUGUGGGAACAGGUAUCAUGUUCUCAACAAUGAGGACAGGAGCGAUCGCACUCAGGUCACACAGCUCCUGGACAAGAUAGACAACAUGGUGAAGGGAAACAACAACAGCUACUACACCAGUGAGGUGUACCAGCAAGCAGAGGCAAAGAUCAGACAAAGACAAGAGGAGAUACUGAAGGAGGAGGAAGAGACAGUAUUGAGGGAGGAAGAGGAACUGAGGGCAAAGCACCUGAAAGAAGUGGAGAACACGAAAAGGAAGAUGAGAUUGGAAAUCCAGAAACGAGACCAGAAGAUCAGAGAGCUGGAGGAGAGAAUAGGAGAGCUGGAGGAAGAGCUGAGGAAAGAACAGGGAGAGAAUCACAGGAUCAAACUGGAGGAAGAGCUGAGAAGAAAGAGAGAGGAGAGAGAAAGGGCAGAGCAAGAGAAGAAGGAUUGCAUGGAGAAGGGGGAGAGAGAGAGGAGAGAGUACGAGGAGAAACACGAACAGAGAUGGAGGCAGUCUGGCAGCGCUAUGAGGAAGAGGCGAGGGAAGAAGCAGAGAGAUCCAUUCAGCUUGUGAAGCACUGUGUGAAGCCACCAGCUGUAUCACUGGGAGCAGUGGCAGGGGCACUGAUAGGAGCAGCAGCAGGAGCUAUGAGAGGUCCAUUGGGAGCUGCAGCAGGAGCUGCUAUUGGAUGUAUAGCAGGAGCACAAGUAGGAUCUGUGAUAGGAGGAGAAGCCAGGGCAAGAGCAGCAGAGAGCUCAGACACACACAGAAGCAGAAAGCUCAAAUAAACUCCUAACCUCACCACCUGUGCCACUCCAGGGCUCACAGCUGCGUCGGGGGUUACAGAAAUAAAUGUGUGGGAGGACCCCUGAGUCACAUGAUGACACGACACAACCUGUUGGGUGACAUUAAA